AUGGGGAAGAAGGUGACAGUUAGCAUAAGGGAUUCGAGCAUGGUGAAGCCAGCCGAGGAGUCAACGCCUCAGGGCUCCCUAUGGCUCUCUAACUUGGACCUAGUGUUCCCGCCCUUUCACUUUUACAGACCAAGCUAUGGUCAUGAGCACAAUUUCUUCCACCUGGAAGCGCUCAAGCAGGCGCUCAUCAAGGCCCUCGUGCCCUUUUACCCUAUGGCCGGCCGCCUCAAGCUCAACGUCCAGGAUGGCCGUUUGGAGGUUGAUUGCAAUGCGGAGGGAGUGCUCUUUGUUGUAGCGGAGAGCUUCUCUACCGUCGAUGAUUUCGGCUAUUUUGCACCCUCUCCCAAUUUCCUUCCGCUCAUCCCCCCCAUUGAUUAUGCUGCGGCAUAUCCUCAUGUCCCAUUUUGGUGUUACAGGUAA